AUGCUUUGCUUGCAAAUUGACAUUGUUGCAUCUCUAAAAAGCUCCACAGAUGAGUAUGCUCUUCUAUCCUUCAAAUCUCAAAUAACUUAUGAUCCAAAUAAUAUCUUGGCUAAAAAUUGGUCACAAGGAACGUCGUUCUGUAAUUGGGUUGGCAUUACUUGUGGCAGUAGACAUCAAAGAGUUAGGGACUUGAAUCUAGCAGAUAUGGGUGUAGGAGGUACUAUUGCCAAAGAAAUUGGUGGACUCUCUUUUUUGAGAUCCUUGAUUAUUAGCAACAAUAAUUUUCAUGGAUUUAUCCCUGACGAAAUUGGUAAUUUAAGCCAGCUUCGAGAAAUAGAGAUGCAGGACAAUGAGCUAAACGGUCCUAUUCCAAUAAGUCUUGGAUUUCUUGAAAAUCUACAGAAGCUAAAUCUGUCCAAUAACAGACUCUAUGGGGAAGUUCCUACUAGGAUUUUCAACCUCUCUGUUUUGAUGGUAAUUAGUUUAAGAAACAAUAGUCUCUCAGGAAGUCUUCCUACAGAUAUCUGCAAUAAUCUUCCAAAUAUGGAGAGGCUAAGUAUUUCUUAUAAUCAAAUAAGUGGUAACAUUCCUCCAAGCUUGGGAACAUGCAGGAAGCUUCAACUACUUUCUCUGAUGUACAAUAAUUUUUCUGGAAGCAUUCCAUUGGAAAUCGGAAACUUGUCAAAGCUUCAAAAACUCUCUGUAGCAGGAAAUAAUUUGAUAGGGAGUAUUCCAACUGAAAUUGGAAACCUAUCGGCACUUGUAUUUUUGAAUUUAGGGUACAACGGUUUCAGUGGUACGUAA